ACUUCCGUCGCAUUUCGGGGCGGUACCAAGAUGGACUCUUCGCGGGCCCGGCAGCAGCUCCGGCGGCGAUUCCUCCUCCUGCCGGACGCCGAGGCCCAGCUGGACCGCGAGGGUGACGCCGGGCAGGGUGAGGCGCGCACCAAGCCGCCCCGAGGUUCUCAGAGGCGAGGCGCCGGAAAACGGCCGGCCUCCGGCAGCCCUGGCCCAGUCUGGAGGGACCGAGUUUCGGCUUUGCAAGUCGAAUAUUUCAUGUCAGGGAAGAUCCUUAGAAUUGCGUAGUGCUGUGCAUCGUCAUCUCAGCUGCGCUUCAGAAUUCUCUGGAGAGCUGAUUUGACACCUGUUUGGAAAUAGCGAUUAAAAUUAAAAAUACCCACCGGUUCUAAGUCUUAAGAAUUUACCAGAAACAUGCCUGUACCGCAGUGUACAACGAUGUGCGCAGAGUGUUUCACUUCAGGAUUGCUUGUAAUAGCGAAUGACUAGAAAUAUCUGUCUUGCCCGUCAGCAGAAAGCUGGUUAAGUAAAUUUGGAUAUAUGUAUACAUGACACGCCAGAUCGACUUGUAUGUACCAAUGGGGAUGAUUUUCAAAGGGAAGUGCGGAACACUAUGGUAUGCCGCCGUUUGGGUACAAAACAGAAACCUCCACAGCUGUUGAGAAAAAGGAGCAACCUCUUCCAAGACUUAAUAUCCAUUCUGGAUUCUGGAUUUUGGCAUCCAUUGUUGUGACCUAUUAUGUUGACUUCUUUAAAACCCUUAAAGAAAACUUCCACACUAGCAGCUGGUUUCUCUGUGGCAGUGCCUUGUUGCUUGUCAGUUUAUCAGUUGCAUUUUACUGCAUCGUCUACCUGGAAUGGUAUUGUGGAAUUGGAGAAUAUGAUGUCAAGUAUCCAGCCUUGAUACCCAUUACCACUGCCUCCUUUAUUGCAGCAGGAAUUUGCUUCAACAUUGCCUUAUGGCAUGUGUGGUCGUUUUUCACUCCAUUGUUGUUGUUUACCCAGUUUAUGGGGGUUGUAAUGUUUAUCACACUCCUUGGAUGAUUUCCGAAGAGAUAGGGUCUUCUAUGUACCCAGGCUGGCUUUGAACUCCUGGGAUCAAGGGAUCCUCCUGCCUCAGCCUUCGAAGUAGUUGGGACUACAGGCCCAUGCCACCGUGCCUGGCUGGACACGUCAAUUUGAAGUGAAUGGUUAAACAUCCAGCUAGCUGAAAGCAUGGCAGACCCUAACAGAAAAGCUACAGUGUGUUUUUGCAACUAUGAAGUGAAUGGUUUCCUGGGGAAAAUUAUGACUUUGUAUAACUAUUGUUGAAACCAGAAUAAAUUAUAUUUCACUUGCAUAUUCUUAAAUUAUUAAAAUUUUCAGAAGUCAGUGAUACAGAAAUACUAUUUUGCAAUGUUAAUCUGUUUGAGUCUUUGGAGAAAGUGGUUUCAUUAUAGGUACAUGAUGCACUCUUAAUAUUUUAAACAAAUAGUUCACUCUUCCAUUUAAGGGAUAGCAGUUCCUUAUAUAAAAUGACUGGAUGUGUGUAAAGGAAUUAUGUUGUCAUGUGCCUUUAACCAGCUUUAGUAAUUACUAUAAUCUCAUAUUUCUGAUAGUUUUGUUAGGUGACAGGACCAAAUGAAAAUAUUUUGUUUUCCCAUCACUUUAGAUUUUAUCAUUGUGUAAAUUACUGGGUUUUUAGCAUUUCCUGAUGUGACGUUUUAAUCAUUUUUAAGUAUACAUAUUUUUUUCUGUACCAUUUAAAUAAAAUAUUUUUAUAACUUGUGA